AUGUACCUCUUCCUCCUUCUCUUUCCUUCCCCUCCCAUACACCUACACACACGCACUUAUUUUCCCUUCUUGAAUCCAAUCAUGGAAAUGUGGUUUAAUGUCAAGUUUGAUGUAAGAAAAAACGAAAUUACUGAUAAGGACAGGUCAAUUCCUUGUAUCAUAGAAACGGCUAAGCAAGUAAUAGUAGACGAUUGUAAAGGAUAG